AUGGCUUUGGAAGCUUUUCUGCGUGUGGUGCAAACAGUGGUGGGAGUGCUGGGCAUUGUUGGUAACACUACCGUCUGUGUUGUUAUCUACAAGGUGCAAUCCAUGCACACCAUGACCAACGCUUUCAUCUUCAACCAAGCCGUGGUUGAUUUCCUAGCCUCUGUGGUGUUCCUGCUGAGCGCGAACAUCCCCCUGCCAGUCUCCUACCCGACGGGCCCGGCUGGGGUGCUCAUCUGCCGGCUCUGGACCUCGACUUUCGCGCUGUGGUUCUUCUUGAGCACGUCUACCUUCAACCUGAUGAUGUUGACCCUGGAGCGCUACCUUGCCAUUGUGUUCCCGUUCCGGUACCAGGCUCUGUUUGGGCGUGUCCAAGCCACCCUUGCCAUCGUGUUCGUUUGGCUGUUUGGCAGCAUCGUUGGAACCUAUGCCGCAUUCACAGUCAUCAACCAGGGAGACAAAUGCGUGGAUAAUGUCGUUACCGGUUCGCAGAUUUUCGGGGUGCUUGUCUUUACGAUCCAAUUUUUCCUCCCACUCGUUAUCAUGCUGGUGGCUUACACCCACAUCGCUGUAACGCUGAAGAGGAGUGCCGCCAAAGUCGCUCCGCUGCCCCGGCCCCGUCCGGCCGGCGAAUCCGCCCAGACUCGGACGGGACCGUCGCAGGGGGAGACUCAAGACGGGUCCCUCAUGAAGGCAAGGCGCAACACCUUCAAGGCGCUGCUCUUGGUCUUCGUGGCCUACGUCAUCUGCUGGUCUCCCAACGAGAUCAUCUUCUUCCUCUUCAACUUCGGCUGGUUCACAGCCAUGGGGGGACCACUCCAUGUCGUGUCUCUGGCCUUCGUGACGGCUAAUUCGUGUGUCAACCCCGUGAUCUACGCUCUCAAGUACCGCUCCUUUCAGGCCGGGCUACGCCAGAUUUUAGGCCGCGGCAGGCGGUUGGGUGAGUCCGCAAGUCUGGGUGGUUCCUCCGCCCAACCUCGUAUUACCCUUCAGACGGUAAACACUACUGUCAACUGA